AUGGGUCGGUCGGCCGACUGGGAGUCGCCUCCAGCUCCGCCGGCAGUAGAGCGCCGGUUGGAGGAGGUCGGUGAGGCGCAAAAAUUAAGUCAACUCCCCGGACUCUGCGGACGGAUGACUGGGAUGGGGUGUGAGAACAACUUGGUCAAGGCGAGAGCCUCAAAUGAUUGGGAAAAAUCAACAGGUUCGAACAAGCACCUCCGUGCCCCUUGCCCCACUUCCUUACUGCCCCCCGGCAUUCAUCUCGAUUAUGACGGUUGCUAUUUUGUAUGGGGUGAGGCCUUUAGCAGUUGGAGUCAGGUCGCGCUUUCCCUCCUCGUCAUGAGAACACAAGACAGCAAUAAAUUUCGCCUUCUGGUCCUCUCUCCCCCACACUCCUUUUAUCCCACCCUCUUGCUAUGCAGUGACUACCCCGACCUCCCUUGUCUGGGGGCAGCAUUUCGGCCACACUGGCUGAUCCACCCCCCCCGAUGGGUGGGUGAUAAGUACAUGUUUUGUGAGCAAAGGAGCACGAUAAGGCUGCCUCCCGCAUGCCUCUCGAAGGUACAAACUGUGCCGGUCGCCCAAGUCGAGUGGAAUGGUAUUUCAUUGCUCACUUCACCUCUUAAAUCGCCAUUAACCCGGGCCGCUGGGGCUCCCAACCCUUUCUCUCUUUGCAAGAACAUUAUCGCCCACAUGCUUGCGACUAACACUUUUACUAUCAACAUAGCCGAGGUUGGUCCUAUGUCUAUCCACCAUUUGCAAGUGUCUUGUGCGCUAUUUUGGCCAGGAUUGAGGCCCCCUUGUUUACCCCUUAAAAAAAACCCAUUCACAACACAUGUUGAGGGAAAAUGA